UCCAACAUGCCGCUUUCAAGCUAGUCGCGCCGCAGUAACUUCCUGCGCGUCCGCUGCUCCUGAAGUGAAAUCAGCAUGAGCUCUCGCGUCUCGCGGACACACAAACGCAGAGGACUGACACCGUGAGACAUGUGGACUCACACGAGCCUUCUUCACCUGAGACCUGGACCAUAAGCUUUCACGAGGACAACAUUCACUUCUAGAGAGAGAGGGGGAGAGGGACAGGGACAGAUAACCCCCUUUUUUUUUGUUUGGUUUGUGUUUAUUUGGGACCAAAUCUGGUGAAAAUGGAUCCACUGUGGACGCACUGCGUUUUCCUCCUGGCUUGUUGCUGUGGAUUAGGGUUCGGAAACAGAUGCGACGAAGUGCGUAAAGUUUUCCAACUCAGGCAAAUCGGACCGAACCAAUUAUUACCUUUAAGCCCCAGACCAGGUUCAGACCUUCAAGUCUGCACGUCCAGGAACCUGACCUGCUGCACCAAAAAGAUGGAGGAGAAGUACCAGUUGGCAGCGCGGCGAGACAUCCAGAAUCUGCUCCAGAUGUCCAGCACCAGCCUCAAGUACCUUAUCUCGCGCAACGUGGCCGCGUUUCAAGAGACCUUUGAGGUCCUGAUGUGGCAGGCGGAGAAUCACACCAACGCCGUCCUCCAGGGUUUGCACCGCAGCGUGGCCGAUCGCACCGCGGGCCCCGUGCGGGAGCUCUUCACCGACAUCAGCCUCUUCCUGCUGGGCUCUGAGCUCAGCGUGGACGAGCUGGUGCAGCGGUUCUUCGACGCCCUCUUCCCGCUCAUCUAUCAACACCUCGCCAACCCUGCACUCGGCGAACCGUCGCCGGGUUACGCCGAGUGCGUGAGAUCGUCGAGGCGCGAUGUGAGGCCGUUCGGGGCGGCGCCGGGCGUCCUGGCCGAUCAAAUCGCCCGCUCGGGCGUCUCCGGGAAGCUCCUCCUUCAGGCGCUGCACCUCGGCAUCGAGGUCAUCAACACCACGGACCACCUGCAGCUGAGCCGCGAGUGCAGACGCGCCCUGCUCAAGAUGCACUACUGCCCUCACUGCCAGGGUCUAACCGAGUCCAAGCCGUGCAUGGGCUACUGCCUGAACGUGAUGCGCGGCUGCUUGGCCAGCCUGGCCGAGAUCGACGUCCACUGGAGGGAGUUUGUGGGCUCUCUGGAGGGUCUGUCCGCGCGCAUGCAGGGGCCGCAGGAUCUGGAGCAUGUGCUUCUGGGAGUCCACGCGCUUAUCCGCGACGCUGUUGGACACGCGCAGAAAAAUGGAGCCCGCCUCUUGGCACAGGUGCACAGACUGUGUGGCCCGCCAAGCAGGAAGUCAACACAGUCAGUGAGCAUCCAGCAUAGCAGCAGCAGCAGCAGCAGCAGCAGCAGCAGCAGCAGCAGCAGCAGAGAAUCCCUGCCUCUCAAAGCUCCUGUUAAAGUGUUUGGAGACUCGCUCGCUGUCAGGAGAAGGGACCUCCUGAGAACUCUGCGUCACUAUCGCACCUACUACGGUGGCCUGGCGGAUCAGCUGUGCGUGAGCGAGCUGGUCUCCGGUGACGGGCUCUCCUGCUGGAACGGAACGGACAUCGUGAAAAGCUACACCCUCCGCGUGGUCGGCAACGGUAUCAAAGCUCAGAGCGCCAACCCCGAGGUCAAAGUGAAGGAGGCGGACCCUGUGAUCAAUCAGAUUAUUGACAAACUCAAACACGUCAAUCAGCUGUUGCAAGGAAAGUCCAUUCCGAAACUGGGCUCACUGGACCAGAUCGAAGCCGGCAGUGGAGACGCAGAGGGACGUUACAGCGGCGACUGUGAUGACGAGGACGGCUGCGGUGGUUCAGGUGGCGCUGAGGUGAAGAGGAAAGUCUCCAGAGUCUCCAAAAUGAGCCCAGAUGUGACCGGUGAUCAAAAACAUCAUCAUCAUUAUCAUCAUCAUCCACCUGUCGAGGACGCAGACGCGGAGGGCAGAUCCCGGGGUCCUGGACUGACGGGAGCCAUCUGGGUCCUGGUGUUGCCUUGUUUACAUAUGCUCCUGGCCUUGUAACAGCUGCCUUUACUGCAGCAUGAAACUUUCAAGACUUGAUUUCAAGCUUAUUUAUCCCCCAAAAUGAAAGGGCCAGUGCAGGUAAUGUGCUCCUGUAUGUAAUGGAGACACACACACACACACACACACACACAUGCAGAGCGCAGAAUGGCGUGCGAGUGAAAUCAUCAUGUGGAAACCACAGGACUCACACAUGCUUCAGCUUUGCGAAAUAGCAACUUAUAUUUUUUUCGUCAGCUAUCGGCCAUUCAUUCAUUCACAGCCCACGGUGUAAACGUCUGCUGCAAUUCCAAUGAGUUAGGAAUUAGGAAUCCUUUCCUUAUUACAAACCUGUCAAUUUUUAGGAGGGAAAUUGCUUCCGAAUGAGCUUCACGUCAUUUUAACGGUGUCAAAAGUAUGGGUUUUUUUUGGGGCACUUUCCAACAUCCAACACUGUGGGAGCAGGAACAGGAAUUCAAGACUUGCUGUACCUGCCCCGCUGCUUAGGGUCAAUUUUAAUUGGGAUAUUUCACCUGCAAAAUUGACCUGUAACGCUGCUGCUGACAGACGCGGUGAAAGGAGAGUGCAGGUGAGAAAAUUCAUACCGCUCUCUCCUUUGGAAAUAGAUUAGUUUCCUCAGGAGUCUAUUAUCAUCUUUCAAACUCACUUCAUCUCGCUCCUGAGGAAGAAGCCGUUUGCUUCGACGCUACCUGCGAACCCGCCCGCGUGCUGUGGAGAGAGAGCGAGAAAAGAAAGAAGAAGUACAUCUGCUCGAUGGCUGAGACAGCGGCACCGAGGUUUGGUUCCGGCUCAUGUAUGCUGGAGAAAUAUUCGUCAGGAUCUUUUGAAAUUCCAAUUUUUCCAUCCUUCUCAUACAGAAGAAAGAGUCUAUGCAACCGAAACAUUAAAGCUGCUACUGUAAAUAGCUUAAAUUAACUAAUGCCGUGUUUCCACCGGCUCGGCUCGACGUCGCCCGAGCCUCGGCGCGGCACAGUAAAGCUGAUCUGUAGAUCAGUUAAAAAGACUUCACAAUCCUAAAAAAUUUGCUUUAGCACGGUCAUGGAGGAAGAAGCACUGAACAAAUAGUUUAAAUGAACUGAUUUUAA